GUGAGCUCAUCGCAAUAACAGUGUAUGUUUGACAGUUUAUCUACAGCUGUCACAGUAAAUUUUCAAUGCAAACACAAUUUUGUUCGAAGAAAAUUACGCAUUUCAAUGCCACUCAUCUAUAUGAAUGAAUGUGUUGCCUCAAAAGUUGUCUGUUUUUCUAAGCAAAUACAAUUGUGAACAAUGAAUAAAAUCAUAGAAAAUUUCCGUGUCGAGGAAUGGUCAUACAAUUCAAAAAUUUAAUAGUAAGAUAAGUGAAACGUGCAAACGUCAGCAAAACAUUGAUUAUUCGCUGUGUUGGAUUUGUUGUUUACAUUCUAUCGAUCAGUGGCAUGAAGAAGUGCACAACACAAACUAAUCUCAUGGAAAGCAGUUCUAUGCAUCAAUUUGUACGAUAAUAGAAUUAAGUCAAUGUCACAAAUCUAAUUAGUUGUUUUUGCAUAGUCGUUAAUUGUGGAGUGCUAUUUGUGUUUUUUUACGCAACAAAGAGAAAGUUUUCUUUCUUUUGUUUGGAUAUAAUGCAUUGAAUGAAUAAAUCCAAGCGAAACAGAUAAAUCGCAUAUGAAAAGAUGAGUGGUCGACUGUUUGGCGACAGCAAAAAUUGUACCAUGCUACUUAAAAACUUGAUGGACAGUGUAAAAGAAGUGCAAAAUGUAUAUGGGAAAAAUAAAACUCUUUUGGCCACCGAAAAAGAUACAAGAGUUCAACGAAUGUGUACAAAUUGGGAAUCAGCAUUAUCGCAUGGACUUAAAACCACAUCAGUAUUCAAAAAUAUUGUGUCGGGCAAUCUAACCACAGAACUGCCAACCAUAUCAUUUUGGGAAUUUGCCUUCAACCAUUUGACAAAUCAUGAGAAAGAACGAUUUUCAACGCUACGAUAUGUUUGCACAGAUCAUGGGAAGGUGCGUGCACUGAUACGCGCUGCGCUGAAUGAACGUGCAUUGGAACGAUACAUUUCAACAUGGUUGAGUGAUACGGCCGGAUUGAAUACGUAUUUUGAAAGCUGGGCGUUAAUUCGUGAUAACGAAGCGAGCAAUCUUUUGCCAUCGAUUGCCGCCGGCCUUGGAUCGAUUCUUUUUGCUGUGGCAGUUGAUAGUCCGGAUUUGAAUAUAGCAACACUGGCCGAGUCGGUAUCACCCCGGCAGACGAAUGAAAUCAUCAUUGCGGUACCAACGGUGAGCAGCACUACAAGUGAACGAAAAUCGGCAGCGUCGAAAAAAGCUGCAGUCAUAUCAUUUGAGGAGGAUGAAAGUGCUUCAUUGCUAAAUAAUAAUUUGUUAAAAUCUUCAACGCCGCCGACGGCGGUUUCUCUGGCUGAUGCCUGUCUCAAAUAUCAAGAAAAACAAAAAUUGGCCGAAGAAAAAUCGAAGUCAUUCACCACCGAUUCUACUUAUGAGCGUUUGCACGCUGAACCAAUUAAUAUAAGUGCAGUGUAUCCAAAUGAAACGGAUUACAUUGAGCCCGAAUUUCCAACGUCAAUCAAAAUUGUCAAUCCAUUGACUCAAACAUAUCCAUUGUUAUCUAACUCAUAUGAUAAGGAAACCGAUUCGAAUAUGUCGAAAGCAACCGACAGCAGUAGCUUCACAUCAAACACAACGACACACUCUUCAAACUCACCUCCCGAACAGGUCGCUUCCCAGCCAUCACACUCCACUUCGAUGAGCAGCUCCAUCAGUUCGGAUCACAAUACGCACAGUUCAGUCAACACAACACCAUCGCUCGAAAAUGAACGUGAACAUGAAGAGGAGAAUGAGAACGAGAACCGGAUCGAACAUGAGAAUGGGAAUAAUAACGAAAAUGAGUACAUUUCACGCAUUCAAGAACUAAAAACCGUUCAACAAGAACAUAUGUCUCGCAUUCAAGAACUUGAAGAACGCUGCGUUCUAUUGCAAGAUCGAGUACACUCAUUAACACUUGAAAACGCCCGCUUGCGGUCCGUUCAUCAUAAUCUUGUGAUGAGUCGUUCAAGUUCUAGGCAUUUUUUGGUGAGCAUACCGCGUGUUUUGCUGCAACGACGAGAGGAUUCGAAUAGGAAAUAUUUUGCUUACGAAAUUCAAAUUACACCAGUAUCGGGUACAUCGGGCGUUGAAAAUGAGAAAUGGUCGUUGCUGAGAAGGUACAGCGAAUUUCAUCGAUUGGAUAAAUACUUACAAAUGAGCAAUCCUAUGAUAAAAACCUUGGAUUUUCCGCCGAAGAAGAGUUUUGGGAAUAUGAACGCGGAAUUCGUGGAAAUGCGCCGGCAGCGUCUUCAAGUCUACUUAUUGGGUGUGUUAUCGUUGAUGCCAGAAAUAGCAAGGUGCACGACCAGGUCACAAUUGGAAUGUGCGUUUCCAUUUUUUAAGCAGAGCCAUCGAUUGUAAAGAUCAUUUACAACUAAAAUCGAGAUCCAAUGUGCUUGAAUGUAUGAAUCUCCAUUUCGAUAAAGGAUCAAAAAUCAUUCAUUUUUGGUUUUUCACUAAAUCAUUCAAAUGAAAAGAGAUUGUUUUGUAGCGGUCAUUUUUAUAUUUGUUAGAUCAGAUAUCUGUUAAGGGCUGAACCAUGUUCACUAUUCACAAUCAAUUUAUUUCUAAAAGAGACUUAUUCAACAAAUAAAAACAUUCACAAAUUUGUAGAGAAA